UCCUACUAAACAUACAACAUUCAAUACAAAUAAACAUAUUACCAACAUAUCUGAAAAUAACAAUUUUCUUGAUUAUCAUACAACUUUUGAUACUGACAAACUUAUUGAUAAGCAUACUACUUUUGAUGCCAAUACACCAGCAUAUAAUAAAAUAGAGAGUCUUUUAUAUAAGAAUCUCAAAGAAUCAGAUUUAGAAAAUAAUACUUAUAGCUUAGAUAGACGGUUAAACAAGUUAGAUAAUAAAAAUGAUAAGUAUGAAAGUAAUAAAUUUUUACUUAAACUAUAUAUUAAAGAUGAGAAUAAUACUACAUUACCUGCUAAACAGUUAAAUAUUUUAGCUAAUUCUUGUAAUGAAUUUCAUAGUCAGAUUCUUUCAAAUAUUUAA